UUUGGGGAGUUGCGCAGGCGCGGCGGAUGGAUGCCACGGCGCUCUGAGUGUCUGUGCCGCGCGUCGUCUCCAGCAUCACCGCUGCCAUCGUCACGAGCGGCCGCGCUGAGAGGGAGGCAGCAGCUGCAGCAGCGGCAGCAGCGGCAGCAGCAGCGCAAAGAUGCGCGAAGCCUCCACGGCAGCCACUCGCCCGCCGCCCCUUCCCGAGCGCCGAUAGCGCAGAGACGCAGGCGCAAGGCCGCUGCCGCCGCGCGCGACGCGAGAGUGUUGCGUGCGAGAGUGUUGGAGAGAGAGAGAGUGUUGCGUGCGAGAGCGGCAGAGAGAGAUAGAGAGAGAAGGGGGAGCGAGGCGUCGAGGAGAAGAAGGUGGAGAGAGUUCGGGAGCUCUCCUCUUGCUCUCUCUGCGUUAUAUCCGCUCUCUCGCUCGGCGCGCGCGCGCUCCGCACAUCUUCAAGCGCGCUCACAAAGUUGCCUCUUCGUGCGGAGGAGCCAUCAUCAGAGGAGCCGCGAGCAAGGGGGGGGGGGAGAUCAAGCGAGAGACUCCAGGGAGGACGCGAGUCACACGAGGAGACGGGAGGGAGCGGAAGAGGAGAAAGAAGGCGGCAGGCGCUGUCGUCUCUCGAUCGCCGGCGUCCGGAGUCACCCACCCGGUGCCGGUGCCGAACUUGGAUUUUGGCGAACGCUCCCACGACACCGAGGCCGAGCUGGGCCGGGUCGUGCCGGGUCAUCUGGGGUCGCGUGGAUGCGUGGACGCGCGUCUAGUUGAGGCGACGCGCGGAUCAUGACUCCUCCUCACCCCCUCCUCCGCGUCUCCGCCUCCAACUCGGCGCUCGCCAACAACCGUCGCCAACUCGGCCACGGCCACGGCCGCCAUGAUCGCCACAGCUGCCACCGCCGGCCGCUGCUGCUGCGGCCGCCGCCGCUUGCGCAACUGCUGCUCGCGCUGCUGCUGCUCCUGCUGCCGCCGCCGGCGCCGGCAUCGCGUGGCUCUCGCCAGCCCUCCGGCGGGGACGGAGGCGACGGCGACGGCGGUGGCGGCGUCGCCAGAUUCGCGACUCCCAACAAGAACUGGCCGCUGAACCACUUGGUUGUCGACGGCGGCACGGGCAAGGUGUACGUGGGCGGCGUCAACCGGGUGUACCAGCUGUCGAGCAACCUGACCCUGCUGCGCGACCACGAAACGGGCCCCGUGAUGGACAACCGUGAGUGCUACCCGCCGCCGAUGGUGCAGCAGUGCAACCAGGAGUCGGCGCCCAGCGACAACGUCAACAGGCUGCUGCUGGUGGACGCGCGGCGCUCGCGCUUGCUGGCGUGCGGCAGCGCCUUCCAGGGGGUGUGCAAGCUGCUCAAGCUGGACGACCUCUUCAAGCUGGGUGAGCCGGCGCACAAGUCGGAGCACUACCUGUCCAGCGUCAGCGAGCGCGGCUCGUCCGUAGGGUUCAUCGUCGACCCACCGAGGCGCCCUCCCCGGAUCGACGGCGGCAGCGACGAUGGGGACUAUGACGAUAAGGACGAGGAGGAUGAGGAUGACGAGGAGGGCAGCGUGCUGUUCAUCGGCACGCCGGUUGACGGCAAGGUGGACUACUUCCCGACGAUCUCGAGCCGCUGGCUGAAGCGCGACGCGGAGGACGCCAACAUGUUCGCGUACGUCUACCACAACGAUUUCGAGUCGUCGCAGAUGAAGAUCCCGUCCGACACGCUCUCCAUGUUCCCCAACUUCGACAUCUUCUACGUGUACGGCUUCUCGAGCGGAGACUUCGCCUACUUCCUCACCGUGCACCCCGACACGCAGCCGCUGUCCGCUGACGCGCCGGCCGAGCGCUUCUUCACCUCCAAGGUGGUGCGCCUGUGCCUGCACGACCGCCACUUCUACUCCUACGUCGAGCUGCCCAUCGGCUGCUCCAAGGGCGGCGUCGACUACCUCAUGGUGCAGGCGGCCUACCUGGCGAGGCCCGGCCGUCGGCUGGCCGAGUCGCUGGGCAUCUCGCCGAACGAGAAGGUCCUCUACGCCGUCUUCCUCAAGGACCAGAAGGGCCGGCGCAGGCCGCCGGGCGGCGAGUCGGCGCUCUGCGUCUUCCCGCUGCGCGCCAUCGACGAGGCCAUCAAGGAGCGCGUGCAGUCGUGCUACCAGGGCAAGGGCACGCUGCAGCUCUCGUGGCACAUCAACCGCCUCAUAUCCUGCACCGCCUCGACGAUCAACAUCACCGACCGCUUCUGCGGCCUCAACUUGAACCAGCCGCUGGGAGGCGACACGAUCAUCACGGGCGUGCCGCUCUUCUCGGACGACCGCGACGCCAUGAGCUCCGUCACGGCCUACGUCUACAAGGACUACGCCGUGGCGUUCGUCGGCACCGCCUCGGGGAACCUCAAGAAGCUGCGCGUGGAUGGGCGUCCCGAGGGAGCGCGCCAGUACGAGGUGGUGCCCGUGGUGCCGGGCAGCCUGCUGCUGCGGGACAUGGCCUUCGCUGUGGACGAGCGCUUCAUCUACGUGCUCUCCGAGGGCCAGGUGACGCGGGUGCCGGUGGAGCAGUGCGAACAGUACACCAGCUGCGGGAGCUGCCUGGGGUCGGGAGACCCGCACUGCGGCUGGUGCGUGCUGCACAGCAAGUGCUCCAGGAAAGACCGCUGCCCCCGCUCCAGCGAGCCGCGGCGGUUCGCCGUGGACGUGGCGCAGUGCGUGCGGCUCACCGUGAGGCCCACCAACAUCUCGGUCAGCGUGUCCAGCGUGCAGCUCACGAUCCGGGCGGAGAAUGUCCCGGAGCUGCUGGCCGGAGUGAACUGCACGUUUGAGGGCGCGGCCGAGACGCCAGGAGAGGUCUACGGCUCCCGCGUGCGCUGCCUGUCGCCCUCGGCACGCGACGUCGCGCACCUCCUGCGCAACGUCACGGGAGAUCGCCGCGUCAUGAGACUCGGACUCAAAUCUCUGGGGACCGGAGUGCCGUUUGCCAGCACCAGCCUCAUCUUCUACAACUGCAGCAAGCAUGCGUCCUGCCUGGCGUGCGUGAGCAGCUCCUUCCCGUGCCACUGGUGCAAGUUCCGCCACGUGUGCACGGACCACCCGGGCAGCUGCUCCUUCCUCGAGGGCAGAGUGAACGUCUCCGAGGAGUGCCCGCAGCUGCUGGCGCCCUCCGCGGACGUGCUCAUCCCGGCCGGCGUGGUGCGGCACGUGACGCUGGCGGCGCGGAACCUGCCCCAGCCGCAGUCGGGCCAGCGCGGCUACGAGUGCGUGCUGACGCUGGGCGGGCGCGAGGAGCGCGUGCCGGCGCUGCGCUUCAACAGCUCCAGCGUGCAGUGCCAGGAGAUCGCGUAUGCGUACGACGAGGACGUGGGUGACGUUCUCGUCGACUUCUCCGUCGUUUGGAAUGGAGAUUUCGUCAUCGACAACCCGGCCGACAUCAAGGUGCACCUGUACAAGUGCUCGGCCGCGCGCGACAGCUGCGGCCUGUGCCUGAAGGCCGACGCACGCUUCGAGUGCGGCUGGUGCAAGGGCGAGGAGCGCUGCACCCUACGCCGGCACUGCGCCGCGCCCGACCUGCACUGGCUGCACCGUGGCAUGCCCCUCGCGCGCUGCGCCCACCCGCGCAUCACCGAGGUGAGCCCUCUGACAGGGCCGCGCGAGGGCGGCACGCUGGUGACGAUCCGUGGGGAGAACCUGGGCCUGAGCUUCUCGGAGAUCGGCCGCCACGGCAUGGUGAUGGUGGCAGGGGUGGCCUGCCAGCCGCUGCGGGACCUCUACAUCCCCGCAGAGCAGAUCGUGUGCCGGAUGGCACGCGCUGACGGGCGGCACCAGGUUCGCGGGCACGCGCACAUCUGCGUGGAGGAGUGCGUGGCGCAGUACAUGGCUCUGUCCAAGCAGGUCUACACCUUCGUGCAACCCGCGGUGCGCACGGUGGCGCCGGCGCGCGGCCCCGUGUCGGGCGGCACGCGCGUCUCCCUCCACGGAGUGCACCUGGACGCCGGCAGCGCGGUGCGGGUGGCGCUGGGCAACGAGAGCUGCGUGCUGCGCAGUCGGAGUGCGGGCGAGAUCGUGUGCACGUCCGCGUGGGCGCCCCGCGGGCCCGACUUCGUCGCCGUCUCCGUGUCUCUGGACGGCGCCGAGCUGAGCAGCGCCCUCCGCUACGAGUACACCGAGGACCCCGUCGUGACGCGCAUCGAGCCCGAGUGGACCAUCACGCAUGGAGGAACGCUGCUCACGGUCACGGGCAGUAACUUGGGCACGGUCCAGGAGCCCAAGAUGAGGGCCAAGUACAAGGGGGUGGAGAGCGUCGACACUUGCACCGUGUUCAACGAGACGACGCUCAUUUGCCGUGCCCCGGGCAUCGAGUUCAACAGCCCUGGUCCCCUGCCAGCGGAGACCGGUGAUGGAAGCUCGUCGUCGUCGUCGUCAGCAUCGUCGUCUUCGUCGGCUGCGUCGCUACCCAUGCUGGCGCCCGUGCGCCCCGACGAGCUGGGGUUCAUCUUCGACGACGUGCGCUCGCUGCUCGUCUUCAACGCUUCCGAGUUCUACUACCACGCCAGCCCCACCUUCGAACCGCUGGGUCACGACCCCCUGGACAUCAAGCCCGGCUCGCCCAUCAUCCUCAAGGGCCGGAACUUGAUGCCGGGCCCAGCCGGGGGGCGGCUGAACUACACGGUGCUCAUGGGGGACGCGGCAUGCGCCGUCACCGUGUCCGACACCCAGCUACUGUGCGAGUGCCCGGCCCUGUCGGGCCACCACAUGUUGACUGUGCGCGUGGGCUCGCUGGAGCAGGCGGUGGGGCGCGUGGGGCUGGUGCACGACAGCCUGCUCACGCUGCCUGCCAUCGUGGGGCUGGCGGCGGGCGGCGGGCUGCUGCUGCUGGUCGUGGUGGGCGUGCUCGUGGCGUACAAGCGCAAGUCGCGCGAGAGCGACCUCACGCUCAAGCGCCUGCAGCUGCAGAUGGACAACCUGGAGUCGCGCGUGGCGCUCGAGUGCAAGGAGGCGUUUGCGGAGCUGCAGACCGACAUCAACGAGCUGACGAGCGACGUGGACGGCGCGGGGAUCCCCUUCCUGGACUACCGCACGUACGCGCUGCGCGUGCUCUUCCCCGGCAUCGACAACCACCCAGUGCUCACCGUGCUCGAGGUGCCCGGCAAUCGGCACGAGUGCGUGGAGAAGGGGCUGCGGCACUUCGGCACGCUGCUGGGCAGCAAGGUGUUCCUGCUGGCGUUCGUGCGCACGCUUGAGUCUCAGCGCGCAUUCUCGAUGCGCGACCGCGGCAACGUGGCGUCGCUCGUCGCCACGGCGUUGCAAGGCAAGAUGGAGUACGCGACCGACGUGCUCAAGCAGCUACUCUCCGACCUCAUCACACGCAACAUCGAGAGCCGCAACCACCCCAAGCUGCUUCUGCGAAGGACCGAGUCUGUCGCUGAGAAGAUGCUCACCAAUUGGUUCACGUUCUUACUGCACAAGUACCUGAAGGAGUGCGCCGGCGAGCCCCUCUUCAUGCUCUACUGCGCCAUCAAGCAGCAGAUGGAGAAGGGGCCGAUCGACGCCAUCACGGGCGAGGCGCGCUACUCGCUCAGCGAGGACAAGCUCAUCCGCCAGCAGAUUGACUACCGCACCCUCACGCUGAACUGCGUGACCCCGGAGAGCGAGAAGAACGUGGAGGUGAGCGUCAAGGUCCUCGACUGCGACACCAUCACGCAGGUCAAGGAGAAGCUGCUCGACGCCGUCCACAAGAACGUGCCCUACUCCCAGCGGCCCAAGGCCAUCGACCGCGACCUCGAGUGGCGACAGGGCCGCAUGGGGCGCGUGAUCCUGCAGGACGAGGACGUCACCACCAAGAUUGAGAACGACUGGAAGCAGCUCAACACGCUCGCGCACUACCAGGUGGCCGAUGCAUCCACGGUGGCGCUGGUGCCCAAGCAGACGGCAUCCUACAACGCCGCCAACUCGCUGCUCUCGCGCUCCGUCAACAAGUAUGAGAGCAUCAUGAGGCACCCGGGCAGCCCGGACUCGCUACGCUCGCGCACACCCAUGAUCACUCCCGACCUGGAGAGUGGCACCAAGCUGUGGCACCUCGUGAAGAACCACGACCACGCCGACCAGAAGGAGGGCGACCGCGGCAACAAGAUGGUGUCCGAGAUCUACCUCACGCGGCUGCUCGCCACCAAGGGCACGCUGCAGAAGUUUGUGGACGACCUGUUCGAGACGAUCUUCAGCACGGCGCACCGCGGCAGCGCCCUGCCCCUCGCCAUCAAGUACAUGUUCGACUUCCUGGACGAGCAGGCCGACCGGCACGCCAUCCACGACCCAGCCGUACGCCACACCUGGAAGAGCAACUGCCUGCCGCUGCGCUUCUGGGUGAACGUGAUCAAGAACCCGCAGUUCGUGUUCGACAUCCACAAGACGAGCAUCACGGACGCGUGCCUCUCCGUCGUGGCGCAGACCUUCAUGGACUCGUGCUCCACCUCGGAGCACCGGCUGGGCAAGGACUCGCCCUCCAACAAGCUCCUCUACGCCAAGGACAUCCCCAACUACAAGCACUGGGUGGAGAGGUACUACACGGACAUCGGCAAGAUGCCAGCGAUCAGCGACCAGGACAUGAACGCAUACCUUGCCGAGCAGUCGCGCAUGCACAGCAGCGACUUCAACACCAUGAGUGCCCUUAACGAGCUCUACCUGUACGUCAGCAAGUACAAGGACGAGAUCCUGGCCGCACUGGACCAAGAUGAGCAGGCCAAGCGGCACCGCCUGGCCUUCAAGCUGGACCAAGUGAUCUCCUGCAUGUCCGGGGACAGUUAGAGGUCACCGCACCGCCAGUGCCGCAACCACCACCACCACCGCCGCCGCCAUCGUCGCCACCGCCGCCGUCAUCGGCCGGGUGAAGUGUUGCUUAUUUUAGUUCCUUAUUUUUCCUCCAUUUUUUUUUUAAACACCGCCGUCCGUCUGUCCGUCCAACCAUCCGACUGACCGACCGAGAAGACGCGUGACGGUUUUGUGUUGCCGCACUCGGGCGACCGGACGUCCCGCUUUGCGACACGCCCGGCCACGCGGUUCCACGGUGGUCCGCGAUGGAGCGCGGCGAAGCGCGGGGAAGCGACCGUCCACGCGCACCCGCGGGUCGGCCUCCCCGCUUCACUUUCCGGAGGAGCGGCUCCACCCGGGAGUCGACCCCGUGACCUCUACGCGGCAUGGGGAAAAGGCCGUUCAGACCCCUGGGAGGGACGCGGGGAGGCGCGGUGACCUCUUCGCCCUGCGGGGGAGACUGACGGGAGAGCAGGAGAAGGCCCGGGGAGAUCCGGGGGAGACCUGGCAAGGGGCUGAGAGUCGGCGUUAGUUGGAGAGAUCGACCAGAGAAGCGGCCUGCUCUGCAUCGCUCCGACACUGCUGCUCCCGCCGAGCCGGAGGAGGAGUGCAGCCUCGCGGCCCCCCUCCCACCACAUGGACGGCGUUCUUCCAUCCCGCCGCUUCCAUCGUGCACACUCGACACCGACACGGAGCGCUCCGCUCGUGUCUUGCUUCGUCGCGUUUUCGCUGGAUCUUCCGAAUGUUCGUUAACCCCUUGUCACGCCCCCCGCGGAAGAGCCGACGAGUGACUUAUGGGCGCCUGAACGCGGGCACCACUGACCGAGACUUGGUGAACCGUGGGUGUCGUUAUCGCGCCCCCCUCCCCAAACUCGCCCCUCCCCCCCCAGCAUGUCUUGCACAAAGCAUCGAUGCUGCGAACGAUGAUGCGCACGCGACCCAUUUGACGGAGCCGAAGAUUGUUUGAACGGCUCGAGAGAAACGCAACGGCUUCGGAUCUUCGCUGGGGUCGUUUUGUAAUUUUAUUUUUUAGAAAAAUAUCCCCCUUUUACGGAGGGGAAGAAAAUGAGACAAAACGCACGCACGCACAUGCACGCACGCACGCACACACGCGCGUCAAAAUUUCGGCCUCGCGUUCGCGUAGCGUCCGUCUGCAGGGGCGUCUCCGUGCUCCCCGGCGCUCCGGGCUCCGGGCCGUCUUGACCGCCAGUAUUGAAGCGUCGCGUCUCCUUCUCCUGUUUACUCGAAACGACAAACUGUGGUUGUACAGCACAAAAAAGGAAGGGGCGAGCGAGACGGAGCGCCGCCCGUCCCCGUGGUCGCGCCCUCUUGGUGUUCGAGCGACCCCCACGCAGCGGCGAGCUUUUACCGCACCCAGUCGGUCCGUCGGCUACAAGUAAGGUCAAGGGUGGGGUGGGGGAGACAGGAAUCCGCUAAGAAUUUUGUUUUGGGUCUUUUCAACAAACGAAGUGAAAGCAGGAGUUUUACGAUGCUGCUGUGUGCUCAACUCGCUCAGUCAUAUGUCCAGUGUCGCUCCAGUCUCUCGAACAUUAUAUGGCUGCUGCUACUGCUGUAGCUGUAGCAGCUGUAGCUGCUGUAGCUGCUACUGCUGUAGCUGCUACAGCUGCUGCUCCUGCUGCUGUAGCUGCUGCUGUGGCUGCUGCUGCUGUAGCUGCUGCUGCUGUAUAGCUGCUGU